AUGGCUCUCCAAGCUCUGUUUUUUAUCCUCGUAACAACGCAGUUCCUACCAUCUUCUUCUCUAAUUUCCAAGCCCGAUUUCCACUCUCGCUACCCUAGCCCCAGAGCCAUCUCCGAUUUGAAGGAGAGUAUUGUGAAGGGAUUAGGGUUUCCGGCGGAGGAUUUGAAGGUGUCGGGGUUCGAUUUGAGGGACGCGCAGGUGGGGCAUUCGGUGGCGUACGAGUUCGACGUGGAGGUGGACAACAAGGUGCUUCCUUUCAAGCUCUUGGAGGACGUGGACCGCUGGGAUUACGUCGAUUUGCCGAUUUUUCGGGUCGAGGACGAAAAUGGGUUGGUCCAGAAAGGCAAAUCGGGUACUGGGUUGCCGCCGGUUUUGGCUCCGUUUCAGCUGGCUGGGCCUAUGGAGCUCUGGAUUCAGGACGCCAAAGACAUGAGGAUCUCGCUGCCUCAUGAUGUGGAUGCUGGUGUGUUGAAGAAGGUGAUGUUGGCAGAAGGCGCUGUGGUCACAGUGAAGGGUGCAAGGUCUGUGAGUCUGCGCCACCCUCUUCAGCUCCCAUUGCCAUUAAACCGAACCAACAAUGGGUUUGCUUCUGGUCUUGUGACCUUGGCUGAAUGGCUGCGCCAUGCUACUCGAACCCAAACAUCUCCAUUGCUCUCUCUCCGCAUUGUUGGUCCUACUUCCCUUGCAUCACCUUCACCAACUUCUUCCUCCAUGAACAACAAGCUCAAGCUUAAGCGCCUUGCCCCAGGCCUUGUGGAGUUGUCCUCACCAUCAAACACCAAACCCAUUUCUGUUGAGCUGCAAAAUCAAGAGACCACUGCCAUUUUAACCCCUAGCUACUUCACCACAGUUUGGCCUCUUGCUUCCAUCAACGGGUCAAACCCAAAUUUGCUGGGUUUUGAGGCACUGCUUUCGUCUGUGUUGGGUCCUAAGGCCAAUAAAAAAGGCUCCUUCAAGUUGUUGAAGGCAGAUGUGUCUGCACAAACGUUUUUGAAGAUUGGGUUUGGGGUGGAGAAGAAGCUGAAAGAAGGAGAUGGUUUUGAUUUGAAAGGUUUUCCAGAGUGGAGGACAAAGCCAGAGACUGUAAGGAUGCAUUUUGAGGUGCUGGCUAAGGUUGAUGGUGAUAAAAUCGUGCCGGAGAGAGUGGUUCCAAUUAACCCUGUGGUUCUGGAGGACACUGUGGCACCUAAUGAGCUUUUGGGGAAUGUCAGCAUGUCCACAGUCCCCAUUGUUUACCCUCCGGCGAACCCCUUGACCUUGUAA